AUGCGACUGCUCUCUACGAAGGCAGAUGAAGAAGUGGAUGUUUUAUCUGAUCUUGAUUUUGAAUUACUUAAUAAAAUUAAUUAUAAAUUUCAAUAUGAUCUUCGUUGUUAUCAACGUUCAGCUUCAUUUACAUAUAAUAGUCAAGUUGAUCAAGUAAUUGAUAAUCAUUUAUUUUUUGGUAAAAGUACAUCAGAAUUACAAUGGGAUAAUAAACAAAAAAAAACGCAACAUCAAAAGGAAAUUUUGUUAUUUGUACGAAAUGAUGUUCAUUAG